AUGAGCUCCCCUUCUCCCAAGAAGAAAACCGGCGGCAAUGCUUCUGGCCCACGGCAGAUCCGCUUCGUCGCAACUGACGGCCAGCCCCAAACUAAACGCCGCCGAGUCAACGCCGCCUGUUUAACCUGUCGCCGGCGCAAGAUUCGAUGUUCGGGAGAACAGCCAGUCUGUAAGACUUGCUCGGACUACAAGCAUGUCUGCCUCGGCUACACCGAUACCACUGCCCACUUGCGAUCGCAAUCUGACUCCGCGUCCCGUGCAACGGCCCCUCCUCUGGCUGGCUCCAAAGAAGCCAGCCAUCGCGUCGCCCGGGCGGUGGAGAGCUGUUCCCCAGAGCCCCCACCGACAUCCGUACCCCAGGUUAAAGUCGAUAAAUCCCCGCAAGCGACAAAACAAUUGGAAAAGGAUGCAACUUCCAGAGAAAUCUCGUUACGCACACAUAAGGAGUUGGAUUUGCUUGGGGUGGGGGAUAGUCCAGAGAGUGGCCGGACCUCCGUGAGCUCCAGCAGCCGCACUCAUGUUCCAUACUUUCGAUAUUUUGGGCCGACUGCGAUCGUGCCGGGCUUCAAACAAAUGGUCGUUCAAGUCCGAGGUUCACGGAAAAGCAAUCCUUCGAUGUCAUCAGAUUCAUUGUCUCCGCUCCGAAGUCCUAAGCUGUCCGAUGGUCCAGUCAAUCUAGAAGCCGCCUUGGCUCCUCGCGAUGAUCGCGACGCUAACACCAUCCCAUUUUACGACCGCGAUGACGCCUUACCUGUUUCGAAUCUCGUUUCCCAUUUAUCCGACUUAUUUUUUGCACAUCUUGGCUGCAGUUUUCCAUUUUUGCAGCGAGAGCGCUUUUUGCAGGAUCUCAAAGAUAAGAAGAUUGAUACUAUGUUGGUAGAUGCGGUCUGUUCUUUGGCCGCCAGAUUCUCUCCUCACCCUCUACUCGGCCCUCCUCAAGCUCCGCCGAUUGAUCGCUCGCAACCACCGGCCGAAGUCAACCUUUGUGACCGUGGAUUGCCUUUUGCUCACCGGGCGAUGAGUGCCCUCGUCGAUGCACUUGCCUGUCCGACUUUGUCUGCCGUUCAAGCUUGUCUCUUGUUGGCGUAUGAACAGUUCGGAUCCAACCAUGAUAGCGGCCUUUGGAUGUACCUCGGUAUAUCUAUACGCAUGGCGCAAGAUCUUGGCUUGCAAAAACUUCAAGGUCUCAAGUAUAACUAUGGCCGAAAAGGAGUUACACCCAGUGCGGUCAUGACCGGCCAAGCUGGAAAGCUCCGGGAGGAUCAAUACGAUGAUUUGGACGUCUACCAGAGCCCCAAGACUAUCCCGCCGGUGAUAGGUGCCGAGCGUUCUAGAGAGCGGGAGAGAGUGGACUCGUUCUGGAGCGUUUUCUUUCUCGACCGCGUCAUCUCUUCUGGAACGGGCCGGCCCGUGACGCUGCGCGAUGAGGAUAUUGAGCUAUGCUUCCCACUUCAAUCUGAAUCCCAGCUACCUAAUGGAUGGCCCGCGCCAUUUCCACCUCUAAUUCGCAUUAUCCACCUUUAUGGGAGGGUCACCGACUUGAUCAACGGUAUUCAGGAUGUCAAUCAUGUUACUCCGGAUACGCUCAAGAGACUGGCGGGUAUGGAGAGCGAUUUGACAGGCAUAUACCAGCGGCUGUCACCGAGGCUUCACUUCAAUGCGGCCAAUUUCCAGGCAUAUGUCAAGGCGAAGGAAGGGACCAACUUUAUCCUUUUGCAUUUCUGGUUCCACACUCUCAUCGUUCUCCUCCACCAGCCAAUGCUUCUAAACUCUUUCGGCGGCACAAUCCAACAUCUCUAUCCCAACAGUCGUGAACUCUCUAUGUCCUCUGCCAAGACAAUCGCCGAUAUCCUUUCUUUCUCCGAAUUGGUGGAUGGGAAGAGCUUCAUCGGUAACCCGUUCACUAGUCAGCCGAUGUACAUUGCAGCUUGUGCAUUUUUGAUGGAGAGCGCAUAUUAUUCUUCGCCCUCAUCAAGGUCUAAUACACCUCCUCCACAGCCACUAUUGUCUAGCCACUCUAGUGGAUUUGUGAUGCCCUCAAUGGACUCUUCAAAUGGCUCCGAGCGCAACUCUACUGCUAAGCAUAUCCUUCUCGCUUCUGCUGCCAAAGAGAAUUAUCAACGCUGCUACAAAGCCCUUAAGGCACUGGACGCCUACUGGGAGGGAACAAGGUAUAUCUUGACAGUUCUGGAUCAGAAGGCCAAAGGCAUUGUCGACCCGCUUCUUUACACAGCAGAGGACAUGGAAAAUACUGCAGAAUUCCCAACGGCGCAAACACUUGGGGCUGCAGGCUGGCCUGGAAGCAAACCUGUGGAUUCUGUUCAGGAUGCCGAGAGACCUUCAGGUGUCGCUGACGCUGUACCUGAUCGAGCCGGGUCACCUAAAAUCGAUCCCAGUCAAGCUAUUGGAUGGGCCCUGACCGGUGCCAUUAAUUCCUCGCAACCAAAUCUCAGCUUGCUUUACCAAAUGCCGUCCGGCCAGAACAACCCAACCUCCGGUGAACCGGCUCAUCCGUCGCAGUAUGGCCAUUCCUAUCCAGCCAUGCAGGCUCCUGCAAAUGCGACGCAAACCUCAGGCUCUCCCUUCUUAAGACCGCCUCUGCCAACCCAAAGCCAGGGCGAAGGCAAAUCAUCCUCUCUCGUCCCCGCCAACUCCAAAUUCUCUCAAGUCCAACCCCACCCAACUUGCACUGAACCUCCGCACUUCCUUGGUAUGAGCUCUCCGUACCCGGAGUCAAACACUCGGGCGUCCGUAGCAGCCCAGUCGAGUUACAGCCAUGGUAUUACGGUUACUCAGAUUCCACAAUACACCUAUGCCAUGGGCUCCGAUCAGCAUGGAAACAAUGCUCAUGUUGGAUCCCGGUCCAAUGAGAUGCACACCAGCAUGAAUGCCCACAACAACGGCAUGAUGAUUGAGAGCCACGACGUCGACAUGAACACCCUGCAACAGCAGGAUUCAUUCCCUUUCUCCAAUGGUGAGAUCCUUCCGUGGUUGGAAUACCUGCCACAGGAUGUUCUCAGUUUCUUUGGAGAAACCCAAAAUUUCCCCAUGAUGAGUCCCGACGAUACCACGCCCCGUCCUCCUCAGUGA